UCGGGUUCCGUAGUUGUAAGCUGUCAAUGGGCAGAUUCUGGAGUUCAUGCAGCUGCGUUUGUUUUUCGACACAGAUCAUCGCAGGAUUUUACACUAACACACACCUUUAUGACCGACCGAAAUAUUAUGCAAGUGCUGAUGCUUUAUCAAUGAAGCGUUUCUUUCCGGUGUAGUCAUCAGAAAAACAGCUGGAACAUGAAGCUCCGUGUGAGACUGAACAGACAGACGAGCUGCCUGGACCUGGAUGGAGAUGAGCCCACACUCACAGAUCUGUCCAUGCAGGUCAUGGAGGUCCUCCUCCCGUCCUGCAGCCUUAGCCCAGACACUGAGUUCACACUCUCCCUGAACGGCAAGGAGCCCCUUACUGACUCUGGCCAGAGCCUCUCCUCCUGCGGGAUCGUGUCAGGGGACUUGAUAUGCGUUAUUCUGGCCCAGUCGGACUCUCCAGUCUCGACGGCGCCCCCUGUUUCCCAGAGCGGCAGUGUGGACCAAUUCAGAAAGCUGCGUGAGGAGAGCCGGCCCCCAGCCACACAACGUUCAGGAGAGGUCAUGCAGUCCAGCAGCAGCUGCCGGUUUGUGACGGGGACAGAGGAGCAGGACGAUGCGGGGGAGGGGCCCGUGUCACCCCCCGUCACGCCAGAGCCCAUGCUGUGCGCUGAGGCCGAGGAGGGCGAGGUGCCCCAUUCGCUGGAGGUGCUUCACCACGCGGCGCAGAGCCGAGGCCCCUGUGACUCACUUGUGGUGGCCUCCCACCUUCUGAUGCUUGAGACGGGCUUUGUCCCUCAGAAUGCGGAGGGAAAGCCCAGUGAGAUGCCACCUGGCUGGAGGGCCGAGGGAGGGGUGUACAGGCUGCGGUACUCCCACCCACUCUGCGAGCAGAGCCUGGCCACGCUGGCGGCUGUGCCCAUGGGGAGCAGGCUCGUCAUCAACGCCACACUGAAGAUGAAAGAGAGUGCGGAAAAUGCCAAGAAGCUGCUGCUGAAGCCGUCAACGUACGUGACGGACGCCUGGGCAGGGGAAAGUGCUGCCAUGGCGUACAGAGACCUCAAGCAGCUGUCGCGCCUCUUUAAGGACCAGCUUGCUUACCCGCUGAUCGCAUCCGCCAGGCAGGCCAUGAACCUCCCGGCGGUAUUUGGGCUGACAGCCCUUCCCCCGGAACUGCUGCUGCGUGUUCUGCGUCUGCUGGACAUAGGGUCUGUGGUGUCCCUGUCAGCCGUGUGCAGAGACCUCAAUGUUGCCACCGUGGACCCCUCCCUCUGGAGACACCUGUACCGGCGUGACUUCAGAGAUCCAACAAACAGAGCCUGGGAAACAGACUGGAAGGAACUCUACAAAAAGAAAUACAAGCUGCGACGAGAGGAGAGUCUCUUCCGGCGCACCCGGCUCUUCCACCCGAUACCCCCCCAGCCCAUGCCCUUCCACCCCUUCCCUCAUGGCCCCAACCCCCUGUAUCCCCCAGGCAUUAUCGGUGGAGAGUACGAUCAGAGACCCAGCAUCCCAUACAGCUUUUUACCCCGCCCACGCUUUGACCCCAUUGGUCCACAGCCCGAAAAUCGCCUUGACAUGGGAGGUUCCAUUGGCCGCCGUUCGCUAAGGCCCUCAAGCAGCCGGUCUUCAGACAUUAGGAGAGGUUUCAUUUAGCACACCGAUUAAAUCUCAAAGGACUCUGUCAGUGACAUGUACGCGUGCCAGCGCGGUUUGUGUGAAUCGUUGCUGCCCUGAGGAGUUUGCCUGGUUCACAGCCCCUAGGGACCGGUUGCUUUAGCCAUGUGCUAUGAGCGUUCUGAGAGUUUAGCCUCUGUUUGUUCAUUCCCUGCUUUGCAGAAGUAACACUGGGUGAAGAAACGGCUCCUGCUGCAGGCGUACCCCUGAUGUCCGGUGUGCUGGGUACAGCAGUUUGAGGGUUUUGUAGUUCCUUGCGUGAGCCGUUUGCCAUUUGCUUUGAAUAAAAGACAGAAGGCCGAAA